AUUUCUUCUUGUCAACACGUCUCGCUUGUUCUUUGAAAUUAUUUUGUAAAUUGUGUGAUUUUUAUUUUAGUUGUAAGACAAAAGUCAGCAAGCUGGCAUCGCGAAGGUUGUUGAUUAUUGGAAUACACAGUUUUUCUCCUACCAUACCGUACCGAAUCAAUAACAAUAGUACCCUGUUUUACCAAAGACGUCAUCACUCCAACAUGACGUCACCUCAGUGCUCCCCGAGGCAUCCACCGGGAACCCCAGGCCCCCGAGGACCCGGUUCUCCAGGAGUGGUGAAAAGGGUCAAUGAUAUUGUGAAAUCCCAGGUUGAUAACAGGGAAUACAGAGGUCUGGAGCUGUCAAAUCGCCUGAAGGUGUUGCUGGUCAGCGAUCCCACCACGGACAAGUCCGCUGCCGCCAUAGACGUUGGCGUUGGUUAUCUGAGCGACCCUAAUGAGCUGCCAGGCCUCGCCCAUUUCUGCGAGCAUAUGCUGUUUUUGGGCACGAAGAAAUACCCAGAAGAGAAUGAAUACAGCCGCUAUCUCGCGGAACACGGCGGCUCGUCCAACGCGUCGACGUCCUCCGACCACACCAUGUAUUAUUUCGACGUAUUACCGGCGCACCUGGCCGGCGCUCUGGAUAUAUUCGCACAAUUCUUCAUAGCGCCCCUCUUCACCGAAUCGGCUACCGGCCGGGAACUGAGCGCGGUAAAUUCUGAGCACGAGAAAAACGCUGCGUCAGACACGUGGCGGCUCGACCAGCUGAACAAGAGCUCCGCGGAUCCCAACCAUCCUUAUCACAAGUUCGGCACUGGGAACAGGGAGACAUUGGAAACUAUACCGAAGUCAAAAGGCAUAGAUGUUAGAAAAGCACUGCUGGAGUUCCACCAGGAAUGGUACUCUGCUAACAUCAUGACUCUUGUGGUUCUUGGUAAAGAGUCCCUGGACGAGCUGGAACAGAUGGUGGUGCCGCUGUUCUCGGCGGUGGAGGACCGCGCGGUGCCGCCGCCCCGCUGGCCGGAGCCCCCGUUCCCGGCGGGGCUCCGCCGCAAGCGCGCCUACUGUCUCCCCGUCAAGGAUCUACGCUCGCUGUCCAUUGAUUUCUCUGUGCCUGACACGACUCAUCAUUACAAGAGCGGGCCCGGACAUUACCUGUCAAAUCUGCUCGGACACGAAGGCCCCGGCAGUUUGCUGUCAGAAUUGAAGGCCAGGGGGUGGUGUAACAGUUUGGUGGGCGGCACUCGUGUGGGCGGUAGGGGGUUCGCAUUCUUCGGGGUCCAAGUCGACCUGACCGAAGACGGGGUGGACCAUAUAGACGAUAUCAUCGAAUUGGUGUUCCAGUAUAUAGCAAUGCUUCGCAAAGAGGGACCCCAGCGGUGGGUGUGGGAGGAACAAAGGGACCUCAUGGCCAUGGAGUUCAGGUUCAAAGACGUGCAGGACCCGAGGAAUAUGGUCACGGGCCAUGUACACAUGUUGCAGGAUUUCCCAAUGGAAGACGUACUGAGCGCAUAUUACAUCAUGACGGAAUGGCGCCCAGACCUCAUAGAGGAGUUGCUGGAUUUACUCACACCGGAGAACGUCCGUGUGGGAAUCGUUGCCAAAUGUUUCGGAGAUAAAUGUACACAAACAGAGAAAUGGUACGGCACCAAAUAUCUGCAGGAGGAUAUAGAGCCGAACAAAAUAAAGGAAUGGCAAUCGGUGAAAUUGUGCCCCCAACUGCACCUGCCCCCCCCCAACGAGUUCGUGCCCGCGCGCCUGGAGCUGGAGGCCGGCGAUGACGUCACCGCCCACAGCGCCGCGCCCGUCAUACUCAAGGAUACGCCAUUGAUGAGACUGUGGUUCAAAAAAGACGGAGAGUUCCACCUGCCCAAAGCUGUGAUGACCUUCGACCUGGUCAGUCCGCUAGCCUACUCUGAGCCAUUAGCGUGCAGUCUGACUUCCGUGUGGGUGUUGCUCUUGAGGGAUUCGUUGCAACAAUUCGCUUACGCGGCAGAACUCGCCGGCCUCAGGUGGAGCGUCGGCAACGCCAAGUACGGGAUAAGCAUAAUAAUUGAAGGCUACGAUGAUAAACAGCAUGUGUUGCUGGAUAAGAUUAUAGAUCACGUGGUCGACUUCAAACCCGACCCGCAGAGGUUCGAUAUCAUGAAGGAGAACCACAUCAGGAACAUCAAGAACUUCGAAGCUGAACAGCCCUAUCAGCACGCGGUGUAUCAACAAGCCGUUGUGUUAUCUGACGUGGUAUGGACCCGAUGUCAACUGCUGGAUUCGGCUGAGAGCAUGACUCUGGAUCAGCUGACGGAGUUCGCAUCGUCCAUGAUGCGCCGAGUUCACAUCGAGGGGCUUAUGUAUGGCAACCUGACGAGGGAGCGCGCCUUGAAGAUAGCGGACCGGGUGGAGGGCAAAUUACCUAAAGACGCGUCGCCUCUGCUGACUCAGCAACUGUUACUUCACAGAGAAAUUGAAAUUGAAAAGGGCUCAUGGUAUCUAAGGGAAGCCAAGAAUUCCGUGCACAAAUCAUCAUGCGCCUCCCUUUAUUACGGUUGUGGUGUGAGGACGUCCAGGACUAACGUGCUCCUGGAGCUGCUGGCGCAGAUCCUCAACGAGCCGUGCUUCAACACCCUCAGGACCAAGGAACAACUCGGCUACAUUGUGUUCAGCGGCGUGCGCCGCUCCAGCGGAGUCCAAGGUUUGCGCGUGAUAGUCCAGAGCGACCGGCAUCCCGGCUACGUCGAGAGGCGGGUGGAAGCCUUCAUUGAAGACUCCGAGGAAUACUUAGCCAACAUGCCUGAGGAGGAGUUCCUCAAACACCGCGCCGCGUUGGCGGCACAGAGGCUGGAGAAACCCAAGCGGAUGUCCAGCAGGGCCUCGCAGAUCUGGGGGGAGAUCUCCGCUCAGGUUUACAACUUUGACCGGCCGAGAAUAGAAGUUGAACAAUUGAACACGGUCACAAAAGGUGAAAUGUUGGAUUUCUUUAAGAAACACAUUAGCGGCAAGUCUAAAGAACGCAGAAAGCUGUCCGUCCACGUGAUAUCGACGGCGGAGGGCGGCGCCGGACACGAACCGGACGGGCGGACGAACGGCGACGCCGGACGCGAGGACGGUCCGAGCGACAAUGACAAGAAGGAGCCCACAAAAGUGUGUGACUUGGUGGACUUCAAGUCUCGCCGUCGCCUGUACCCCCACCCCGCGCCCUUCACCAACGUGCCUAGGAAGGGUCAACAUUGUAAAUUGUAGCUGUAAAUCUGUUUGGACCUUAAUACGCCGUGAUAAGGUUCCAAAUUGCAUAGUAAAAAACGAGUUUCUGGAAAUGUUACAUAAUAGACAGUGCCGUGUGAUUCUCGGCACCAAUACACAAAAGAAUAGGAUCACUCCAUCUCUUUCCCGUGGAUCGUCGUAAAAGGUGACUAAGGGAUAGGCUUACAAACUUGGGAUUAUUUUUAAGGUGAUGGGCUAGCAACCUGUCACUAUUGGAAUCUCAAUUUUAUCUUACAGCCAAACAGCUGAACGUGGCCUAUCAGUCUUUGCAAGACUGUUGGCUCUGUCUGCCCCGCAGGGGAUAUAGACGUGAUUACAUGUAAUAUUAUUGAAAUAGUUUAGAAGUUAAACCUACACCUUAGUCGCUUUUUACGACAUCCAUGUGGCAGUGAGAUGGAGUGGUCCAAUUUCCUUUUUCUAUUGGUGCCGGGAACCACCCGGAACUAUUUUAAAAUGUCAAAGUACACAAAUUAAGCAUUUCAUGAAAGUACAUUAAUAACUUUUAAUUUACUAGCGCUGUAGUAGAAAAUUACUUAGUUUUAAUUGUUGAUAACGACAUUUCAUAUAAUAUUUGGCAAAUUAGUUGCUCAAAGCACAUUCAGAGUGUGUGAAACGUAAGGCAUGCUGCCGCCAUGUUGGUUUAAUACAUACAUACAUAUAAUCACGUCUAUCUCCCAUGUGGGGUAGACAGAGCCAACAGUAUUGAAAAAAACUGAUAGGCUACAUUGAGCUAUUUGGCUUAAUGAUAGAAUUAAGAUUCAAAUAGUGACAGGUUGCUAGCCCGUCGCCUAAAAGAAGAAUCCCAAGUUUAUAAGCCUAUGCCUUAGUCGCCUUUAUGACAUCCAUGGGAACUAGAUGGGGUGGUCCUAUACUCUUUUUUUAUUGGUGCCGGGAACCACAUGACACACUGUCUACCCCGCAAAGGAUAUAGACGUGACUAUAUGUAUGUAUGUAUGUAGAUUGAUGUCAUACACAUUGAAGUUUUAAAUGAAUUGAAAAAAAAAAUGCUCUUUAGAAUGAAUAUGAUAAAAACUUAUUGAAUAUUUUUAAUGUAUUUACUUUUAUGCCAUUUAAUAAUUGUAUUUAUUUUAUACAGUAUUUGAAAAUAAGGAUACAUA